AAAUACAUUAAUAGUUCGUAUGACCAAACGUGCUUAUGACUUGAGAAUUCUACAUUGUCUCAACUCUGCUAGAUGGCAUGAAGUGAUAGGAAUGUUUAGCUAGAGUUCACUAGUGUAUUAGGACCUUUUUGACAGUGUCGGUAUUUCCAAGUGGUAAACAGAAGAAUAAUAUGCAACGUCUGUACAGAUUUUAACUGUGUGCUAUCACAUCCUAAUUAAUUUUAGCAAAAUUAUAAAAAAUAAUAUUCCAGGGAAAUCGUUCCAAUUAUUACGCUUAUUGUAGACCUUUUUUUCACGUUACCUUUGCCCAUAAAACAACAGAAAAUUAAUUCAGUGUAAACAUGACAACUUUUCAAACGCAACUUUUGUAUGCGUUAGGGAAUAGAACAAAAAUUUUUCCUGAGUUAAAAAAGGUGUUUGUCCGUCCUCUCAUACAGAUUGCUGUGAAGGUAAUAAAUCAGGAACAUAUAGAGGAGGGAAUAUUAGACAGAAUAAGUCAAAAAUACAAUGUACCAGAAGAAUCUGUGGAUGAGUAUUAUUCAGUAAUUCAUACGAUACUAAAGGUUCACUUAAGCAUGCUAUGCCAAAAUGUGAAACCUGGAGAAUUCAAGCAAACAUUAGAAGAAUUAAAAUUAUCUUCUGACUGUAUAGAGGAUUUGUCUACAGUGAUCUAUGGUCAGAAAAGACCAGAAUUGAUAGCAGGUUUAAUCAAUAAAACCAAGUUUUAUGCACAUUUAGUAUCUUGCAAAUGGCGCGUGGAUAUUACUAUUUCCUCCAACAUCUUAAAUAGAGUCUUGGAACCACAUAUUAUAAUGAAAUGGACAUUCAGCAAUGGAGAACAACAGGUAUUUGAAUUAUCUAUGUCAAAAUUCCAUCAAUUACGACAUGCUGUUGCAACUAUACUUGUGGAAAUGCAAAAAGUUGAACAAAAAUGUACAUCAAAAAAUAUUAUAAGCAGUUGAUAAUUGUACACAAAGUAGGCAUCCCUUUCAAUUAUAUACCUCGACAUUUUAUAAAGAAUCA